AUCACAUAACAAUAAUGACAAAAAAUCAACUUAUAUUAAGGGGAAUAGAGCCAGGGGUUUACUACGGUGCUGAGACUGGUCUGGUAAAGGAGCGGGAAAAUGGCGCCAAUUACAAGCGUUGGACUGCUUGUUGCGCUUCUCUUUCGUUCUACUUCAUCGACAAAGGAUUCAUAUGGUUGCGGCAAUAAACCGGCCGAUGUGGAGUUUGUAUUGGACUCCAGUGGAAGUAUAAUGUACAGUGACUUCCGGAAACAGCUAAAUUUUACGGAAAACUUGGUGGACUUAUUCGACAUUGGACAAAAUAAAACUCGUGUUGGAAUGGUCAGCUUCAGUACACAAGUUAUCCCAGAAUUCAAGUUGGGUGAAUUUAACGACAAAAAGGACAUAAAAGAGAAGAUACAAAGUGUAUGGUACCAAGGAGGUGGGACAAACACGGGGAAGGCGCUGAAUUACGUUAGAACACAGUCAUUUCCGGUCAAUGGCGGGAGACCGGACGUCCCUCACAUCGUCAUCAUCCUCACGGACGGGAUGUCCCAGGACUUCCGGUACACAGUACAGGAAGCAGCCGCUGCGCACAAUCAAGGAAUCACUGUAUUUGUGAUCGGUAUUGGAGAUCAGGUGGAUGAAAAAGAACUAAAAGCAAUAGCGAGUAAGCCGACGGACAACUUUAUGUUUGAGAUUGACAAUUUUGACGCACUUAAGACCAUUAAAGAUACGCUAGCCAUCAGAACUUGCAAAGUUCCACCUGCCACUCCACCCCCGCCCACUCCGCCACCCAUUGAUAAGGAUGCCGUGGUAAACGGCAACGCUCACUGCAGUCCUGAAAUGCCAGUGGAAUUAAAAGUAGCGCUGGACACUGCUGCCAUCGGUAUAGAUAAUUCUAAAUUUAUCUUACGGUUUCUUGCCGAGUUGUCCGAUCGCCUUGACCUGCCACAGAGCCACUCCGAGAUCGAGACCGUUACCAAUGGUUGCGCCACCCAGAGCCUUGGUGAUAUAACGUUUGGUUCCGGUCACGAUCGUGAGAAGAUUGAGCAGUCGAUGGCGGACACGACAAAAGGGGUAUCCUCCAUGAUGCGGCGAUUGAGACAGAGUUUCACUAGAGGCGACCAGAAGAAGAAAGUGGGGGUUGUCUUCAUGGGAGCAACGCUGAGCAAUGGGGAGUACAGAAAAGCUUUACGUGAAACUUCAAGGGCAUCCUUCUUGGGGAUCAAGUUAUUUGUGGUAGGGGUAGGCGAACGUGUUAGCACACAACAAACUCGAGUUUUGGCAACAAACUCCGACCAAGCUUUCUUUGCCGAAUCUUACGAUAAUCUACAAUUUGUGGAAGGACCGUUGUUACUAAAAAUUUGCACACUAAAAUGAUU